AAGUUGUAUUUUAAACUUCCUGCGGGAUCUUUAACCCACACGGGCUUCUCGGCUUGUUCUCUGACGGUCAGGGCGAUGAGAUAAGCCUUUCCAAAUUUAUCGUCUUCUGGAGAACAAAAGGUUGCAAGUGAAAAUGGCGCAGGUGGAAGUCCAAGACGAGAGCACCAAAAAGCCGAUGGAGGAGAUCACGGAGGAGCAGUUCCUGAAAAAUCUUUACCUUUUCAUGAAGAAGCGAGACACGCCGAUAGAGAGGAUCCCCAAUCUGGGCUUCAAGCAAAUUGAUUUAUUUUUGAUGUUCAAGACUGUCAACGACUUGGGUGGCUACCAUCAGGUGACGUCUCAUCAGCUCUGGAAACGGGUUUACAACACGCUGGGAGGAAACCCGCGAAGCACAAGUGCAGCCACCUGCACACGCAGACACUAUGAAAAGUUGCUUCUGCCUUACGAGUGUCAGCUGAAAGGCAUAUUGAUGAGCUCCAUGCCGCAACAUCAGACGAGGCCCUACCACGACCCCAAAGACAAUCUAGGCCAUAGGCCGCUCAAACGUGGGCUCUUACCGCUGUCACCGCUAACCCCCUGCUUCCAGUCGGACCCACAUGGAAAUAUCUACUCUCUACCUUUCCAUUACUACCCAACUGGGUGGCCAGCUCAUCCACUUCUGCCACCUUUUGUGCCGGCUGUAAUACCACCAAAUAUCCCCCCCUCUCCGAAAGUCCCACGUCUCCCUUCCCACCCGACUCCUCAGGAUCCGGUCAACAUGGUCAGCCAGUCUCUAGAUCAGUUGCGUAGGCUGGCGAAGGAGUACAAGGACUCAACUGGAUUGUCAACCUCUGAACCCCUGAACCUGAGCACGAAAGCUCCAGCUCGAGAGCCCCACACCGACACUGACCCUCCCUCGUCGUUCGGCCCACCUUCGUCCAGCAAGACCCCAAAGUUUCUGAACAAGCCCUCCACGCUCUACAACCCCCUUAGCGCAGGCGUAGUAAGAAGCGACGGAAGCGAGAUGCAGGAGUCCAGCGAAGGUGUCACAACCCUCUCUGAGUCCGAGAAGAAAGAGAGCAGCGAUGCUGAUGUCCAAGCCCGGACGCCCUCAGACAGCCCUAUAUUCAUUUCUGCUCUGACGCCGGAGCCAAACAAAGGCGUCCUUGAGACGACACCGAAAGUCGGCUCUCUGAAAGCAGACUUUCCAGUCCAACCGCCAGAGGACAGAGAGGCCAGGAUGGAAGCGGAGGGUUUCAAUCUCAGUCACGUUCUGCAUAGGAUACCCAAAGGCGAGGAAGGCAAGAUGGAAAUUGAAGUGCCGCUGUCCGUGGUUCGUAACUGGCUCAGGUUUUACGGUUCUUCGGCAAAGCUGCCCGAAGCGAAAGAGCUUCCCGUCUCCGUUGACGACGUCUCCGGGGGGAAAAAACGUGUGUCAGAUGUGGACGUUCUCCCGACAGGCUACGAAACACCUCGUAGUCCUCAACACCAGAGCUCAGCUGAAGACCUGAGGCUGAGGAACAAACCAGGACUCAUGCCAAACACUCGGGCAGAUCACCACCAGGAGAGCCACCUCACCAGCUCCAAGACUUCUGGUGGUCUUCCGAGAAAAGUCGGAGGUGGCCGGAACGCCUGGGCACUCGACCAGCAGGAUAUCAAUAAACCAUACAAGCUCAACUCAACAGAUUUCUGGAAUGCCUCUUCCAAAGAGACGACGGCUCCCCACAGUCCGGUGAAACCCGAAUCCAGUCCCCCGAGAAAGUCUUCCAAGUUCUACAUGGAAGACCUGUUGCAGAGAGGGAUGCAGAGGUUGGAAGUGGAGCCUUCAGCCGUGUUGAUGGUGAACUCCAGCCCCACGUCCGUGUUUCCUCUGACCACCGACGAGAUGAGGAAGCUGCAGACCAUCAUCUCAAGUUCAUCAUGACAAUCAGGGAAGGACCCCAACACCACAUUUAAGCUGCCUCCCAUUACUGACUCAAAGCCUCUCAUUAGCGUCGUUGCGCAUCCGGUCGACGUCUACGCGCCAUUAACAAAGAACAGGAGGAUGGCAAAGUCAGCAUUUUCAAUGGAUACAUUGUAAUCUGCAUGAUUUUCAGUAUUAAUGACACAAACAUGAGGGAAAACGUGUGUGCAUUAACAUUCUCUUAUUCCAUUUCUAAUCUGAAGAGUGAUUAGUUUCAUUUGUCAAUAUCUUUGAAUAAAAUAAACUGCAGAUGAAAUCAUUCCUAUUAUACUUCAUUAACCCAGUGUCGUAACAAAUAAUAGAAAAUAGAGAUUAAAGUCAUGCAUAUUCAGAAGUGAAAGAUUUUCACUCUCUUUUAUUCUGCUUAAAAUAAAGAGAUUUUUUUUUACAUUUGGAAUUUACUGUAAAGAUGUAAAUUAAUUUUGUCUAUUUUUUUAAACUAAGCUU